CUCAAAGCCAGAUGACAAGAGCUCAGAACAGCUCGGAAGAGUAGAGUCAUUCUCAUAGACGCAUAUCAAAGCACAAGGCCGCACACGUCCUCUAUUUCAGUAAACCAGCAAGCACCAGUAAAAGAAUAAUCUUUUGUCUCAAAGUAAUGGAUCUCUUCCUAGAUCAGUGUUGUAGCUUGCACAUAUGAUUCUAGCGGAUCCGACGCAGAGGUGCUGCUACACCGCGCAAACAGCAAUAAUGAUUCACAGACACUGUAAACAGACACUCACAACUCUUCACACAGAAACAGAAUUAGAAGCUACAUAGAACCUGGUCUCCUUGCUGAUCAGCUGCUGAAGAGGAGUUCAGCUGAAGAUAAGGGCUGCUCCGACCAGAAAAAUCAGCAAUUGGGAGGUAAGUUGAUCUCAGGAAUAAACAGAUCAAUAUCUCUAUGUUUCGUUUACCAGGUCGAUUAGCCCUGUCCGCAUCUCUCUGGAAGAAUAAUCUGAUAAAUAGAGCCUAUACUACAGCAAAUAUGGCGACAUUCGACGGACCCAUGGUCUGGAUCGACUGCGAGAUGACCGGUCUCAACGUCUACAAAGAUCGCAUCAUAGAAAUUUCCUGCUUCGUGACAGACGAUGACCUCAACGUAUUCGAGCCAGUGGGAUUUGAGGAAGUUAUCUCGUGCCCGAAAGAGAUCCUCGACGGCAUGGACGAGUGGUGCGUAACCCACCACGGCCAGUCUGGGCUCACGGCAAAAGUGCUCGCGUCCACGAACACGACGCGCGAUGUGGAGCUCAAGCUGCUUGAUUACCUGAAGAAUACGUGUGCUGUUAGGGAGCCAAAGACUGGUAUUCUGGCGGGGAAUUCUGUGCAUGCUGAUAAGGAGUUUCUGCGACGCGAGAUGCCUGAGCUGAUUGACUAUCUGCACUACCGGAUAAUCGACGUCUCUACAAUCAAAGAGCUUGCUGCGCGACGCAACCCAACGCUGAAAGCAAACGCGCCGAAAAAGAAAUACUCCCACACCGCGCGCGACGAUAUCCUCGAGAGUAUCGCCGAGCUGCGGUAUUACUACGACAACUGGCUCGUUUCCGAUAAGCCAGCAAGAGAAUAAUGA